AUGGUCAUUACAAAUUCAUCUUACGGAUACGUAUUGCCAUACAGAACUCUUCCGGUGAUUGAACCGACAAAUAUGACAAUCUACAUUCUUUUUUGCCUAUAUCAAUUUGUAAAAGUACUAAUUAUAGUCUUCGGUUACGUCGCAACUGAUUGUCUAUUCAUGAGUUUGGCACUCCACGUCAGCGGUGUUCUCUCUGCACUUUCCUGCAAAGUAAAGCACGUUUUGGAAAAUCCGGAGAAUCGUAAACGUCGAAUAAAAAAAUUAAUUGUGAGACACAUACGUCUAGUAGGGUUAGCUGAUUCUUUGGAAAGUGAAUUCAACCUACUAAUUUUACAACAUUUAAUGGGAAGUACCUUUCAUCUAUGUCUUCUUGGUUACGACGCGCUCCUUGUAAAUUUAACAUAUACAUUUCGUUAA